AUGGGCUUAGCCAUUUAUUCCACUACAGUAAAACAGAGCAGCAGGAGAGCUGAGAGAAACAGAGAAGAGAAAGAAUGGAAGAAAGAGAGAGUGGUAGUUAGAGACAGAACCACACUGCUGGAGGUCCUGUGGAUUAAAUCACUUCAGGAUGUGCAGUUACAGGAAAAUAAGCCACUAACAGUAAGAUGUAUAUCAUAUGCCCUGGAAAAAGCCGAAGAAUAUUAUAAGAGCAUAGAUCCUGGUAUUAAUACAUCUGUACAGACUGUGAGAGACAUUUAUUCGUUUCUGAUUAAUCCUCUGUCCAAGUUCUACCCAAGUGUCGGCACUGUGGGGUUUUCUGCAAUCCUCAGAAUUUACCUUGCCAAGGGUAGCAGAGUAAAACGUCUUCUUUUCCCCACUGUAUCGAGGACUCUGAGCACCUCCAUGUUUUACUCACCACACAAUGCCUCUCUGGCCAAGGCAAAGGCCAAAGACCAGAUAUCCAGUUUGGGUUCACAGACACGUGUGCUUUUGGAGGACGUGAGGAAGGGAGAAUCACCUGGCAAGAAGAGGAAUCUACUGUUAGAGAAGUUAGCUAGCUAG